UUUUAUUAUUCAUCAGUGAAAACAGUUGUACACAUUAUACACAUAACGUACAAUUAUUUACAGUUUAGUUUAGAUUUAUAUUUUAGACCUAAAACUUUAGUAUGCAUGUGAAAAUGGUGACAAACCUGACCCAAAUAUGUAAAUACCCUUGGGUCUCACUGGCAAGACCUCUAGUAAUGUAGUAUUAUUUCAACAUUUAUCACGAUUAUAACAAAUGUUCACAAAAGACCUCGUGCAUACAAACAAUGAUAUAGCCAAACCAUUAAAUGUGUGCAGGAGUUUAACUCAAAGCAAGAGGCGUGCUUUUCUAUCUCUGUCUUUCCUUUUGCCUUGCUGACGUAAAUCAACCCCUCUACCCCCUUUUUUUUGCUUCAAUUCCAAAUGUAAGAUUCCGCAGCCAUCUGGUCUCUAUUUGCGUCCCCUCCCUCCUGCUUGCUUUAGCAGAUACAGAUGUGGGCUGUUUAUUAAAGUUGGGCAACAGGAAAUACCCCAAAUCUUUAGGGGCCCUGCUAUAAGAGGGGGAAUGGAGGCCAAGUGAAGAAAAAGAAAGAAAGAGUUGUAACUGUCAGCCAAAAUCUUGCUCUAUAAGGUCACAGAAAACCAACUCUGAAAACAAAAAGUAAGAUACUUUAAAAUGCUGAGCAAAAUAGAGCUUGCUGCACACAGAGCGGCAAGAUCUAGAGAGCCAGAAAAGGAAAGACAAGAGAAGGAACAGGUCUACAUUUGGCCCCUCUUCCCAUCCUCUUUUCCUCUCAGGAAAUACAUCCUGUUGCUGACUGACUGCGGUGGCCAAUAUGUUUGCUGCACACGAGAAAGAGGACUUUAGCGAACGCCCCCUGGGCUCCAGACAAAGGAAUACACAACAGUGACGUCUAAGACAUUCUCUCACACAAACACACACACAUUUAAAGUGAUCAUGAAGGAGGGAGCUGUGUGUUUAAAGCUUGCUACAGUUGCGAACUGAUGUCUCGGACUAUGACGAACAACUCCCCCACAUUUCAACUCUAACCUCAAGGAUUUGCAGAAACAGUGAGCGAGGGAGAGAGGGAAAGACAGAGAGAAGCAAAAGGAGGUGUGUUAAAGGACUUCUUGUUCCAGUCAGGCAGUAGGGGCUCUUCUAGUUGAGAGCGAGUCUUGGUAAGCCUCAGUAAAGCCACUGGAAGUCAGCUCACAGCAACACUUCUCCAAUCUAUGCUUAUUUGCAUCUUUACUCUUCCGAAGGCAAUGUGAAGUGGCUGAGGAGACAAGACAAGAAAAAAAGAAAGAAGAAAACAAUCUACUGCCUACACAGAGAAGCCAGCUGCACACACAGAAGUCAGACCAGUGCAUUAAGUAAAGCACUGAAGAAAGGAAAAGGAGAAGAUAAAGUAGGGAGAAAAAUCAAGCAAGGAGCGGUAUCCAAGAGUCAAGCUGCAGCCAGCCGGAGCCAGUGGAAUGGACCUAGGUGCCAGUUGGAUUAAUCCCCGCGUACCCGCAGUGCUGUCUGAGGAGGAGGGCUGAGGAUCUGCUGCAAUGACAACCAAGUCCUGAAUGAGGAUGAAUGGAGAUGUUCUUUAGCUAAGCCUCAAGACAACACUCUUGCCAAGUCCACCUCUGUGGGAACACUCGCUAACAGCUGGAGGAGGAGGAGGAGGAGGUGGUGGCGGAGGAGGUGGAGAGGAGCCAGGGGCCCCAGAGCACUACUGGUGCUACUGCCCCAGAGGAGAGGCAAGGGAGCAGGCAGGACACUGAGGAGGAACAGGGCUCAGAGGAGGGACACGAAGGAGGGGGAGAAGUGGCGGGCAUUGGGCGUCGCAUGGCCGUGCAGAGGCUAGUGGCGGCAGCGGUGGCGGUAGCCCUGCUGUCCCUAGUCCUAAACAAUGUUGCAGCCUUCACCCCCAGCUGGGUCCUGCAGGCCCUGGAGGAUGGACGCAAGCGGAGUGUGGGACUAUGGAGGAUGUGCCCCACUAGUGGGGAAAGGGACCGCAAUGAUUUCCAGGCGGCGAGAAGGGGGCAGGGGACACAGAGGCAGUGCGAAGGCCUGGGAUGGGGCUCUGAGUAUGCAGGCUACCAAGAAUCCCGCAGCACCGUCAAAUUUUGACAUGAUGCGGGCAUGUAAUCUGAUGGCGACGGUGGCCCUGACUGCCGGUCAGCUGAUCUUCCUUCUAGGCCUGAUGGAGCUGCCCUUCAUCACACAGGAAUCCCAGUGGUGGGAGGAGGCCAUUGCUGCACUCUUCCAGCUAGCCAGUUUGGUGCUGGUGAUUGGACUUGUGACCUUCUACAGGAUCGGGCCCUACACACACCUGUCCUACUCCUGCUACUUGGAUAUAGCUGCUUGCCUGCUGGCCACGAUGGCUGCGGCCAUGCUCAUCUGGAACAUUUUACAUCGCCGUGAUGACUGCCUUGCACCUCGAGUUAUAAUCAUCAGUCGCUCACUGGCAUCACCUUUCCACCCACGUCUAGACAAUGACUAUGUAGAGUCGCCUUGUUGAGCCAUGUGACACAAGCCAAUAAGGCAUAAUAGAUUACACUGACAAUGCUGUGUUCUCAAAAUAUUCAUGUUUUACUCCAGCUAAGAGCCUCCAAUGUGACUCUCAAGAGAAGAUGACAUUCCUGUAGCUCUACAACAGCUGGACUAACAUGUACCUGCAAUUGUAAAACUCUAUAUUUCGCAACUUCUCCCACCAUAAACAAAGAUAUCAGAAUUAUUUUGCUGCUUAGUGCACAAAAGUCACAGAUUUAACUAAAAUUUCUGUAUAAAGCAGCACUAAACUUACAAACAUAUUCAAUACUGUAUGAUGUUUCAUUUAUUCAUGCUUGGGUGAGCUAAUUGGUGGCUAAAUUUGGACUAGGACUGCCUUGUAUGAAACAUCCUGCUUAUGAAAAGAUCAAGCUGGAACUUGACCUAUUUUGUUAUAUGUGCACUUAUUAAAUGGCCUCAUGCAUAAUUAUGAAUUGGAAAUUAUGAAAGAUGUUGAAAAUGUAAUACCAGAAUACCUCAUAUUUGUUUUCAUCCAUUUAAAGCUUAUUACAGUCUUGAUACAUAUUAAUAUUAAUGAUAUAUGUUGCAAGUAAGUAGGUAAACUAACAAGGUAAAAGCAGAAGAGUCAGUCAACCUCAAACUUUUUGAUUGGUCUUACUCAAAUCAUGGACAAUAUUUUAUUUUAAAACAGCCAAUGAAAAGGUAAUAUUUUGAUCAAAUAAUAUCAAACAUGUACCUACUGAAAGGCAUGAGGGAAUAUUCUCACUCAUGAGUUAUUGCCACAUAACUAAAAAAAAAAAAAAAAAAAAGAACAAAUGAUCUGCCAAUCAACGUAUGUGAAUUGAUUUGGAUUUUUUAAGCAGUAUUUAGUAAAUUGAUGAUAACAAAUGUUUUGGCGAUGUACUGCAUUUUGAAAUGACACACACUGAGUGACACAUUUCAAGUUUUCAUGAUGCUUUCCAUAUGAAACUCUGCUUGCUUGUGGUACAUAAUGUAUACUUAAAUUAAUAUAAUAUAGGUGUAUAAAGAAUAGUGCUAUCAUUAGUAGUAGUAUUAUUGUGACCAUAUCAUACUUGUGCACACAACUCCAGGCUAUCUGUGGGUCUUCCGCAUUGCCAAACAUAGGGGCACAUUAAAAUAAUAAUAUAUCAUAUAAAUUCAAUAAAUUUAUUGGUAAAUAUUCAAA